AACAUAUUUGUUUACGUAUCUCAGCCGGAAAUAUAAGUGCUAAAGUACAACAGGAAGUGUGUGAAUGGUAAUUUCUUCUGAAAUAGUAUUUUUUUUUAUUAAUUAUUGUACACUUCUAAAGAAUAAACAUAUUUGUUUACGUAUCUCAGCCGGAAGUAUAAGUGCUUAAGUACAACAUGAAGUGUGUGACUGGUAAUUUCGUCUGAAAUAAGAUUUUUUUAUUAAUUAUUGUACACUUCUAAAGAAUAAACAUAUUUGUUUACAUAUGUCAGCCGGAAGUAUAAGUGCUAAAGUACAACAGGAAGUGUGUAAAGGGUAAUUUCAUCUAAAAUAAGAGUUAUGAUUAAUUAUUGCCCACCUCUAAAGAAUAAACAUUUGUUUACAUAUCACAGCCGAAAGUUUAAGUGCUGAAGUAAUACAGGAAGUGUCUGAAUGAUGAUUUCGUCCGUCGUAAAGUUUAUUUUUAAUUGUCCAUCUCUAACGAACAGCUUUGUUUACAUAUUUCAGCAGGAACUAUAACUGCUGAAGUACAACUGUAGUAAAGUUUAUUAUUAAUAGUUGUCCAUCCCUAAUGAGCAAACAUAUUUUGUUUACGUAACUCAGCCAGAAGUAUAAGUGCAACAGAAGAGGGUUUUCAAGCUCCGGCUUCUCCUUGGCAUUGUUGAAAGCCAUGGUCCUCAGUACUGAUGUUGAGUACGAAGGACCGAAUGUAGCGUUCGAACCAUGUGACCACUGACGCUUCCUGCUGAUGGUGACCUCCAAGUGUGGUUUUAGAGGGCACUUGAGCUUGGAUAAGUGGAAAAACGCUCCUCAGGUCACCAGGGAGUGUUUGCGUUUAAAGCUCCAUAAAGUGCCGAUGCAGCAAUAAUCACCUGCUCACACUUGUCUUGUGUCAAGAAGUGAAAUCCCAACCUUAAAUGUUUUAUUGUUGUGUCAGACAUAAACGCGCCAGUGUCACUCAUUAACUGGAUCACGCCCCUUGCCGAUAAGGACUUGAAGGUUUCCUGUCCGGACGUCCACAUCUUCACUCGCCAUCAAGACUCCUGGCAGAGCACCUCGGCAAAUAUCCAGGAUGACAGCUCAACUCCGCAAAGCCCGGUACCAAUCAGGCCGCGGCCCGGUGGUUGGGGACCACUGCUCUACAUGACAGGAGCAUAACAAACUUAUUGUGGGCUGGACGUGGGCGUGGCCUGGCCGAUGUGUUGAGGUGUGCCAUGGACUUCGUGGCCCACACGGCCCACUGGCAGUUCCUGGGCCUGCUGGCGGGCUGCCUGGCGUGGAUCGUCACCAUGGCGACGGCGGGCAUGGACGAGUGGCGCCUGUGGCAGGUGGAGGACGUGUCGGUGGUCACGUCGGGCGUGGCCUGGGUGGGCAUCUGGCGGGCGUGCUUCCAUAGCCACGCCCUCCCGCAGGCGGAGCGCUGCCGCAGCAUGGGCGUGUCUGACGCCUUCGUGCCAGCGGAGGUGAAGGCGGCGCAGGUGAUGAUGCUGCUGGCGGCGCUGGGCGGCCUGGCGGCCAACGUGGGCGGCGGCCUGGCGCUGAGGCGCGUCUACUUCUCGCUGGAGGAGCGCGGGAACGUGCGGCCGCUCUUCCUGCUGGCGGGGAGCCUCUUCGUGCUGACGGCGGCCGUCGCCUCGGUGCCUCUGCUCUGGAACCUGACCUCGGUCCUCAACGGCGCCACCAUCCGCUUCCCUCCGCACUUCCUGCUCCCCGCCGCCCCCGCCAGCCAGAGGGUGGGCGCGGCCGUGGGCGUGGGCUUCUUUGGCGCCACCCUGAUGCUGCUCAGCGGGACCUCCUUCCUGUGCUACCGCGCACCCCCCGGCCUCUGGACGCCGCCCGCGGAAGCUUCUGGAAGGGCGGAGAACUUUGAAGGCAGGAAUAAUCCGUCUUUCCACGCGUUAUAAUCCACACUUCCUGCUCCAACGAACCACUUUAAUGUCAAAACAGGAAAAGAAUAAUCAUUUUUAUGUAAUUUUUAGCGACUUUCACGUCUUUUGGAUCUUCUCAACAGUACUGAGAACUCGGACAACGCCGUUUCAGAGCUGGUCUCAAACAUGGCGCCCGGUGAUUCCUUGACAAAGACGAUCACUGAUUGGUCUAAAGGCCCUCACGUGACCACAGGGCGCCAUGUUAGCGACCUUCUCCAACUCUCUCGAUACAAAGUAGUCAUUCUUGUGAGUCACGGUCUGUUUUCCAGCAGCUUUUCUUUUUGCAACUUAAUGCCAAAAAAACGGAAAUGCUGAUUAUCGGUCCUGCUAGACACCGACCUCUAUUUAAUAAUACAACUUUAACAUUUGACAACCAAAUAAUAAAACAAGGUGACUCUGUAAAGAAUCUGGGUAUUAUCUUCGACCCAACUCUCUCAUUUGAGGCACACAUUAAAAGCGUUACUAAAAUGGCCUUCUUUCAUCCCCGCAAUAUCGCUAAAAUUCGCUCCAUUCUGUCCACUAAAGACGCCGAGAUCAUUAUCCAUGCGUUUGUUACGCCUCGUCUCGAUUACUGUAACGUAUUAUUUUCGGGUCUCCCCAUGUCUAGCAUUAAAAGAUUACAGUUGGUAGAAAAUGCGGCUGCUAGACUUUUGACAAGAACAAGAAAGUUUGAUCACAUUACGCCUGUACUGGCUCACCUGCACUGGCUUCCUGUGCACUUAAGAUGUGACUUUAAGGUUUUACUACUUACGUAUAAAAUACUACACGGUCUAGCUCCAUCCUAUCUUGCCGAUUGUAUUGUACCGUAUGUCCCGGCAAGAAAUCUGCGUUCAAAAGACUCCGGCUUAUUAGUGAUUCCUAGAGCCCAAAAAAAGUCUGCGGGCUAUAGAGCGUUUUCCGUUCGGGCUCCAGUACUCUGGAACGCCCUCCCGGUAACAGUUCGAGAUGCCACCUCAGUAGAAGCAUUUAAGUCUCACCUUAAAACUCAUCUGUAUACUCUAGCCUUUAAAUAGACCUCCUUUUUAGACCAGUUGAUCUGCCGCUUCUUUUCUUUCUCCUAUGUCCCCCCCUCCCUUGUGGAGGGGGUCCGGUCCGAUGACCAUGGAUGAAGUACUGGCUGUCCAGAGUCGAGACCCAGGAUGGACCGCUCGUCGGGACCCAGGAUGGACCGCUCGCCUGUAUCGGUUGGGGACAUCUCUACGCUGCUGAUCCGCUUGAGAUGGUUUCCUGUGGACGGGACUCUCGCUGCUGUCUUGGAGCCACUAUGGAUUGAACUUUCACAGUAUCAUGUUAGACCCGCUCGACAUCCAUUGCUUUCGGUCCCCUAGAGGGGGGGGGGGGUUGCCCACAUCUGAAGUCCUCUCCAAGGUUUCUCAUAGUCAGCAUUGUCACUGGCGUCCCACUGGAUGUGAAUUCUCCCUGCCCACUGGGUGUGAGUUUUCCUUGCCCUUUUGUGGGUUCUUCCGAGGAUGUUGUAGUCGUAAUGAUUUGUGCAGUCCUUUGAGACAUUUGUGAUUUGGGGCUAUAUAAAUAAACAUUGAUUGAUUGAUUGAUUCAUUCAUUUCAAAAAAUGUAUUUUGAACAUUUUCUAUCAAAUAAAGUCCUGAAUAUUUUAAUCAAA